AGAAAACAUAGAAACUAGCCAAUAAAGCGCAUAGAAGGAGAACUCAUCAAUUGAUCUUAACUAGCCCAACAGGAUCCACCAAACAACAAAAAAUAACGGCAUUUCUCUUCCCGUCCUCCUCUCUCUCUCUCUUUCUGCAAGCUUUCCUCAAAUCCGUACCAAUCCUUUUUCCGCGUUCGCAACGUCUUCUUUUCCGUUCGGUAAAACGGAUUUUGCGUCCCCAAAAAACCACCAUUUUUUUUUACUUUCUAUCCCCUUGCAUCCAUUGAUCGAGGCUCAUCUCGCCGACCGGCCUUCAGGAUGCACGUCGGCGACGGCCAUUGAGCGCUGCCGCGUCCUCGCCGUAGCUGAUGAUAUGGCCGGAGCGGGAUCCUCCGCCCAGCUGGCGCCGGUGAGGUUCUCUCCCAUCGACAACUACCUCAUCGACUGCGGCUCGCCUAAGAUGACCCAGGGCGACGACGGCCGUUUCUUUCGCUCAGAGUCGCAAUCCUCCUCCUACCUGUCGACCAAGGAAGACAUCAAGAUCGCCGCCGAUAACUCAACCGCGGCAGCGAAUUCGACGGAUGUGCCCCUUUUGUAUCUGACGGCGAGGGUCUUCCCCGAAGAGUCGAAAUACAGCUUCUUCAUCUCGAAGCCCGGCCGUCACUGGAUCCGCCUCUACUUCUUCCCUUUCCCUAACGCGGGUUACAACCUCACGGCGGCGUCCUUCACCGUCAGGACCGACGACCUCGUCCUCCUUCAAGACUUCAAUCCUUCGUCCGCCACCACCCCGCCGGCGUCGCCGCUCCUCAAGGAGUAUCUCAUCGAGAUCACCGAGGACAGAGUGUCGCUCAUUUUCUGCCCCAAAAAGGGCCGCAUGGCAUUCGUCAAUGCGAUCGAGGUCGUGUCGGCGCCGGACAAAAUCAUCGCCAACACGGCUACCAGCAUCUCCCCCCAGGUCGAGUUCACCGGCCUAAGACACUACUCCCUCGAGGCCACCUACCGGAUCAACGCGGGGGGGCCGGAGAUCGCGCCUCAAAAUGAUACGCUCUCGCGGACAUGGCGUACCGAUGCGUGGUUCUUGAAGGAGCUCAAGACGGUGCAAAAUGUCUCCGUCGCCGCCCGCAAGAUCAAGUUCCCCGAAGACGAAUCGGUGACGCCGCUGAUCGCGCCGAGCGAAGUGUACGCGAGUGCGCAGGAGAUGGCGAACGCGAACACCGACAAGCGGCACUUCAACAUCACAUGGCAGUUCGCGGUCGAUCCGUCCUUCUCCUAUUUGAUCCGCCUCCAUUUCUGCGACAUCGUGAGCAAGAACCUCAAUGAGCUCUACUUCAACGUGUACAUCAACGGCCUCAUCGGCGUCUCCAGCCUCGACCUCUCCACGGCGACCGGCGACCUCUCGGUGGCCUACUUCAAGGACUUCGUAGCGAACGCUUCCACUAUCUCGAACAAAGCCAUCACGAUCCAGGUGGGGCCGCCACCCAACUCUGGCUUGGGGACGCCCAACGCGAUUCUCAACGGGAUCGAGGUGAUGAAGAUGAGCAACUCAGCAGGAAGCCUCGACGGCCAGUUCUCCGCUGACGGGUCAUAUCACGGAGGAUCAGGGGCGGUGAGCCUGGAGCGGCGGAUCGUGUCUGGAGUCGGGUUGGUACUGGGGGCGGUGGCGAUGGUGCUAGUGGUUAUGAUGUUCUGCCGGUGGAGGCGGCGGCCGGCGGAGUGGAGGAAGAUCAACGGCAUCUCGUCGUGGCUACUGCCCGUGCACAUGAAGCACCGGACCUACGGGAGAAGUAGUGGAAGCAGCAAGGGGAGCUCGAGAGAUCGGUUCGGAUCGAACAAGUGCAAGAGCGGGUACGCGAAUUUGUUCCCGUCCGGGGCGAUGGGGGUUGGGAGGAUCUUCUCGCUGGGGGAGAUGAAGGAAGCGACCAACAACUUCGACGAGAAGGCGGUGGUUGGUGUGGGUGGAUUUGGAAAGGUGUACUUGGGCGAGUUCGAAGGCACCAAAGUGGCCAUUAAAAGAGGGAAUCCGUCGUCGGAGCAGGGGAUCAACGAAUUCCAAGCAGAGAUUCAGAUGUUGUCCAAGCUCCGGCACCGACAUUUGGUCUCGCUGAUUGGCUGCUGCUACGAGAACAAGGAGAUGAUCCUGGUGUACGAGUACAUGUCGAAGGGACCGCUGCGCGACCACUUGUAUGGCAACAGCGGCCAGACGCCGCUCUCGUGGAAGCAGCGUCUCGAGGUAUGCAUCGGCGCCGCCCGAGGACUGCACUACCUCCACACCGGCGCGUCGCAUGGGAUCAUCCACCGCGACGUGAAGACCACCAACAUCCUGCUGGACGAGAACCUGGUGGCGAAGAUGGCCGACUUCGGGCUGUCGAAGGCGGCGCCGUCGCUGGAGCAGACGCACGUGAGCACGGCGGUGAAGGGUAGCUUCGGAUACCUGGACCCGGAGUACUUCCGGCGGCAGCAGCUGACGGAGAAGUCGGACGUGUAUUCCUUCGGGGUGGUGCUGUUUGAGGUUCUCUGCGGGCGGGCGGCGCUCAACCCGGCGCUGCCGCGGGAUCAGGUGAACCUGGCGGAAUGGGCGAUGCAGUGGCAUCGCCGGGGGCAGCUGGAGAAGAUCGUCGACCCGCACAUCGCCAGCACCAUCAGCCCGGCGUCGCUGAAGAAGUACGUGGAGUCGGCGGAGAAGUGCCUGGCGGACUGCGGGGUGGACCGGCCGUCCAUGGGCGACGUGCUCUGGAGCCUGGAGUACGCCCUGCAGCUCCAGGAGGCGGGUGUGGGGCAGCAGGCCGUUGACGACACCACCGACGAAAGUGCCACCCACAUCCCGCUCGACGGAGGACCCGUUCGCCUUCGCGACGACGUAGCCGCCACCUGCGACGACGGAGCCGCCAACGGCGACGACGAGUCGACUCUAAUGAGCAACCCACUGUGCCAAGGGAGGUGAAAGUAAUUGAGGAGGGGUCUAAGCUCAUGAAUAUAAAUUAUGAUGUCUAUGGCGUCGAUAAAUAGCAUCUGUUUUCAGUUUAGAGCUUAUUUUUUGUUGUCUAAAUUCUAUUUCUAUUGACACAAAUCAUAUUCGUGUGUGUGUGUU